GGACGUGGGCCCCUGGCACUGGGACUCGCUGGCCCUGGCUGGCGGGGAGUGGGAGAGGUGGCUGUGCUGCUGGCGGCAGCGGCGGCAGCUCUGAUCCCUGGGCCAGCGAGGAGCACCAGGGGAUAACCCAGCACGAAGCACGACGUGGGUGCAGGCCGGCAUGGACGGGGCUCUGCCGCCUGCCAGCCCCACCGGGCUCUCGGCGUACGUGGCCGUGUCACAACUGCUGGGCCUGACGCUGCUGGCCACCACGGGCGCCUGGCUGGGCCGCUACCGGGGCGGCGUGGCCUGGCACAGCCCCCUCCAGUUCAACGUCCACCCCCUCUGCAUGGUGCUGGGCAUGGUUUUCCUCCAAGGUGACGCUCUCCUGGUCUACCGGGUCUUCAGGCACGAAGCCAAGCGUUCCACCAAGGUGCUGCACGCAGUGCUCCACGGCCUGGCGCUGGUCAUCGCCCUCGUUGGCAUCGUCGCCGUCUUUGAGUCCCACCGGACCAAGGGCAUCCCUGACAUGUACAGCCUGCACAGCUGGUGCGGGAUGGCCGCCUUCGUGCUUUACCUCCUGCAGUGGCUCCUGGGCUGCGGUUUCUUCCUGCUCCCCGGUGCCUCCUCCUCGCUGCGUGGGCGGUACAAACCCCAGCACGUCUUCUUCGGCAUCGCCCUCUUUGCCCUCUCCAUUGCCGCCUGCUUGCUGGGUAUCACCGAGAUGCUGCUCUUCAACAUCAAGGAUUCCUACAGGCACUUUGUGCCCGAGGGUGUCUUGGCCAACACCCUGGGGGUGCUGCUGUUGGCCUUUGGGCUAGUGGUGGGCUACGUGCUGACACGGGACGACUGGAAGCGCCCGCCGCUGGCUGAGGAGCUGGCCCUCUCCAUGGACUUCAAGACCCUUACAGAGGGUGAGAGCCCCGACGGUGGCAGCCAGUGAUGCCCCCAGCUCCCCGGUCCCCGGCACAGGCACCUCGUGGUGUCUGUGGGAUGUCCCCAUGUACCCCGUCUGGGGGCUCUGCCUGGCUCGGGGUGACAAGGACAGCUGGGGAAGGACAUGCUUGUUGGUGUAACGCUGCCCGUUGGGUUCAGCCUCGCUUGGGCUUAAUCCUCUGCUCUGCCCCGUGCAGCCCCCGGUGCCCCCCCCAGCCUGUCCCCAGCCCUGUGGGGCCGGCGGUGCUGCAGGCAGGGGCAGGGGCUGGCAGCAUCACUGGGGCGUGAGGGACGGGGGGGGUCCCUGGGCUCUGCUCUGGGCAUCGGGGUGGGAGCGAGCGGCUGAAGCCCAAAGCCCAUUCUGAUGCCGAUGGGCUGAGGGGAUGUUUGCCAUCAUCCAAAUUUCCCACUUGCUGCCCCUCAAAGGGCUCCCUGGGGGCUCAGAGCAACCCAGUGUCUGUGCAGGUUCAGCCUCUUUGUGUCCAAAAAAUGUUUUCCCCUCUCGUGCGAUGUGUUGUCUGCUCAGUGGAUGUUCCUGACCUAAUAAAUGUUUGCAGC